AUGGAUAUUGAUGUUCCUUUAAAUCCGUCAACUUCCGAAGAUAAACAUAGGCUUUCAAUCCUUGAAGGUAAUGAAAACAAUAUGCCAUCUUCAUGUGAUACACGUAAAACCCCUUUAACUGGUGCUGAAUAUCUAUCACUAAACAAUAGUAGGAAACGUUAUUCCGACUUCAACGAUGAUCACGCCAGCAUGUCUAUGGAUAUUUCUGAUAAUAUUCGUUUGAAACCUGAUAUCGUUACUUUUGCCCGUACCCCAGGCAUUUAUAAAUACAGAAGAAGAGUUAGCACAGAACCUAAGAUAGAUUUUUUUUCCGUUUUCAAUAUUCCUACCCAUGUUAUACAUGUCAUAUUCUCAUUCCUUAAUAAGAAAGAUCUUGUAAAUGCAAUGAGUACUUGCUGUCGUUUCUAUGUGGCCGGAUUGACUGCUCCAAACUGGAUGAGGCUGGAUCUGUACCAACGUACUAUUCCUGAAAAUACACUUCUCAAUCUGUUGAGUAGGAAAACGCGAGUAGCCCGCUUAUCGGAAACGAUGAUCACUCCGUCCAUUCGAAACGCAUCUUUUUUCACAACUAAUACUGAACCACUGACUUUCAUGUUAACUCAUUUGGAUAUUGGAAGGGCCUCUUUCCCUUCCAUAGACGGACUAAUUACUAUUCUAAGCGCAUGUAGGAAAUUGAAAGCACUAUCGUUAGAGAGUCAAUCACUUGAUGAUGACGGCCUAAUUUGUGAAGCUAUUAGUAUGAACCGUGAUCUGGAUUGUUUAGACUUAUCUAUGGUGUCUGGGUUUGAUCUCAGAGGAAUCGAAGCUAUUUGUAUUGGAUGUAGAAAGCUUCGUUUCCUAAAUAUGUCUUGGGUCGGGUUAGGACGUGAUUGCAUCGCUUCCCUCUGCCGUCACUUGCCUGAUACCAUAACACACCUAAAUUUGUCCGGCAGUAAAGACAGAAAUUCUAUUUCUGAUCAAGAUGUGGAAAGCUUAUGUGCUUCCUGUCCGAGCAUCGUUGAAUGUGACUUAUCUGAUAAUGUAUCCAUCACUGAUGUGGGGUUAGAGGCUAUUCUAGGAUUAGAAAAUUUACAAGUCUUGUCUCUAUCUCGAUGCUACGGGAUAGAUCCUUUCAAUUUUAUGUCCUGUGGACAUCUUCAUCAAUUGAAUAUCUUUGGAACAAUGACUGAAGACGGAGAGAGAGUUCUGAAAUUGACUCUGCCAGGAACACAGAUUAACACCUCCGUGUUCAACCAUAUUGCCAAACCAACGGUGCCGCCCUCUGUUUCGAGUAUUUGGAAUCAGAAGACGAGAGACUAG